AUGUUUCAACAAUUAUUAUACAUUUUUCUUAUUAUAUUUAUUUCAUCAUCAAAUUCAAAUCGUAUUUCAUUAAUUGGUAAUAAUUGGACAAUAACUAAUAAUAUAAAUCAUACAGCACAAGGUACUAUACCUGGUACAAUUCAUACAAUACUUUUUGCUGCCAAACAAAUUCCUGAACCGUAUUUAGAUUAUAAUGAUCUUGAUUUACGUUAUUUGAUCUAUAAUAACUGGACAUUUACAAAAAAAUUUGAUUUAUUCUCUGAUUUUCUUAUCUCAAAUCAAAUUACAAUACAUUUGGAACAAAUUGAUACUGUUGCUGCAAUAACAAUAAACAAUUGUCUUAUUGGUAGAACUAAUAGUAUGUUCAUACCUUAUACAUUUCAUGUUGCUAAUUCAUGUUUAAAAUUUGAAAAUGAAAUUUCUGUUGAUUUUGAAUCUCCUGUUCUUUAUGCAUUAAAACAAGCAAAUACAUAUAAUGAUACAGUACCACCAGAUUGUCCACCAUCAGUUGUACGUGGCGAAUGUUACGUACAAUUUAUUCGAAAAGAACCAUCAUCAUUUGGUUGGGGUUUUGGUCCAACUUUCGCUCCUAUUGGUAUAACAGGUGACAUAUAUCUUGAAGCAGUAAAUACAACUGAAAUAGUUAUUCAACUUGAAAGUAUUAAUGUUGCUUCCUACAGUGUAAGAACUAAAUCAUGGCAAGUUGUUGUUCUAUUAAGUAGUAAUAAUGAUCAAUUCGAGAGUAAAAUAAAAUUUAUCUUAGAAAAUACAACAUGGUCAUAUGAAACACUUGUCAUAUUUAAUCAUAAUCUAUCAAUUACUGUAUCAAUACCUGAUAAACUUAUUUCACGUUGGUGGCCAAAUGGAUAUGGUGAUCAAUCAUUAUAUAAUUUUGUUGUUUUCAAUCAAGAAAAAGUAAUUGAUUCACGUUUAAUUGGUUUUCGUACUGUUCAACUAGUUCAAAAUAAAUAUAGAACAGGAAUAAAUGGAACAUCAUUUUAUUUUGUUAUUAAUUCUCAAUCUAUAUUUAUUAAAGGAAGUAAUUGGAUACCAUCAGAUUCAUUUCAAGAACGUGUCAGUAAUGAAAAAUAUGAACGUUUACUUCGUUCAGUACAAUUAGCUAAUAUGAAUAUGAUACGUGUUUGGGGUGGUGGAAUUUAUGAACGUAAUUCAUUUUAUGAACUAGCCGAUCGUUUAGGUAUUAUGUUAUGGCAUGAUUUUAUGUUUGCAUGUAGUCUUUAUCCUGUUAAUGAUGAAUUUUUAAAAAAUGUUCAUGAUGAAGUUAUCUAUCAAGUUAAACGACUUCAAUCACAUCCAUCGAUUGUUCUUUGGUCUGGUAAUAAUGAAAAUGAAGCUGUUAUUGCAGAAAAUUGGUAUAAUGUAUCGCAAGAAAAAAUGAAUAAAACAAAAGACGAUUAUAGAAAAUUAUAUAUUCAUACUGUUAUGAAUGCUAUUCAACAAGUUGAUCAAGGAAAUAAUCGACCAUUUGUUAGUUCAUCACCAUCGAAUGGACUUGAAACAAUAGCUGAAAAUUAUAUUGCUCACAAUCCUGAAGAUUCGCUCUAUGGUGAUGUUCAUUUUUAUGGGUAUCAGAUUGAUACAUGGGAUCCAACAACAUAUCCAAUAGUACGUUUUAUGUCGGAAACAGGUAUUCAAUCAUUGCCAAGUCUAGAUUCAUGGCUUGAAGCUACAAGAAAUAUAUCGAACUUAUAUUUUAAUAGUUCGUUCAUUCAAAAUCGUGAACGUUUUCCUAAUCAACUCGAUCCAAUGAUAAAACAAAUUGCAAUGAAUUUACCAUUACCAAUAACAAAUGAUCCAUUUAAAAAUUUUACUCAAUUAAUUUAUUUAAGUCAAAUAAAUCAAGCCAUGACAUUAAAAAGUAUAAGUGAUAUUUGUCGACUUCAUUCAUCAGUAGACAUGAUUAAUCCAAAAACAAGUCAAGGUCAUACCAUGGGUAUAAUGUAUUGGCAAAUAAAUGACAUGUGGCAAGCACCAACAUGGUCAACAAUUGAAUAUGGAUUGAAAUGGAAGAUGGGUCACUAUUAUGCAGCUCAUAUGUAUACACCUAUUUAUCCUAUUACUACUGUGACACCUUAUUUAGCAAAUAUAACAGAUGAAAAUGCUCAACUUUCAAUUGAUAUUGUUAAUGAAUUAAUAAAUGGUACUCAUGGUGAUUUAACAUGUUGGAUUUAUACAUUAGAUACAAUGAUGACUCGUUUAACAUUUGGAAGUAGUAUUUUGUUUAAUUCAUCGGGUAUACAAAAUUUUAUGAAUCUAUCUUAUGUAUUAUUAAUGAAACGUGCUCAUUGUGACAAUAAUAGUCAAUGUAUAUUGCAUUGUAUAUUCAAUUCUAAUCAUUAUCAAGUAGAACAAACUUUAUUUUUAAGUCGACUAAAAGAUUAUCAAAUCAUGAAUCCAAAUCUUAAUAUUGAAAAUAUUGAACAAUUAUCAUCAACAGAUUUUAAUAUUACAUUAACAGUUGAUCGACCAGCUUUAUUUGUCUGGCUUGAUAUAACAGCUAAUAUAACAGGUUAUUUUUCACGAAAUGGAUUUCAUAUGUUUGAACCAAAAAUGUCUAUUAAUUUUCAUUCAUGGAUACCAAUUAUAAAUUUUCAUCAGACUAACUUUGAGAUACGUUAUACAUCAUUGUUUGACGUUACAUUACCAUGA